CAAGCCGCCAUUUGGAAAUUCAUCAAGGGAAGUGCCAAGACAUUAUUUGUGCUGGAGGCAGUUUUUGCAGCCAGCUACGGUGUUUAUUACCGCAUGAACACAAAUCGAGAGUUUCGCCAGCAUAUCCACGAGAACUAUCCCUUCGUGCUUGAUUAUUACUAUAAGAUCGGCGAACUUGUGGGAGAUAGUAAGGUGCGACAGACGGACGCCACUUACUGGAACGCC